AUGGUGUCGACGUCGACGGCGGUGGCCGUCGUGCUGCUGCUGUCCAGCGCGCUGCUGAUGCUCGGGGACCGCGUGGACCUGCCCCCGCUGGACGUGCUGCGGCAGCAGUGGGCAGCCAGCAGCGGCUACGACCUAACGGACCUGUCGGCGCCUGUGCUCUACGGGAAGCCGCUGCUAGCGCUGGCCUACGUCGCGCGGCUGCCGGUGCUCGGCCGCAUCCUGUGCAACCAGCUGGCCAAGGACAACAAGAUCCUGGAAGUCCGCAAGUUCGCCGCGUCCAUCCCGGACUUGCCGCUGUACUACCCGUACCUGGACCCGAAGGAGAGCGACAAGAGAAAACGGACGGAGGGGGAGGAGCCGCUCUCUCUCGAGGAGUUCAGCAAGAAGGGCGUGAGUGGCAAAGGCGACGAGGCAUUCUUCAAGCACUGGAGCAUCGCCGACUACACGUCGCGCUACGCUUCGGGCAAAGUGACGCCCGUGCAAGUGGCGAAAGCUCUGCUGGCUGCUGUCGAGAAGAACGAGCGCAGUGAUUAUCCUCUGAAUCUGUUCGUCGAGAAGCACGAUGACGAGAUUCUGGCCCAAGCGAAGGCCUCAGCGGAGCGCUACGCGCGUGGAAAACCGUUGGGCGUACUGGAUGGCGUGCCCGUGGCUAUCAAGGAUGAAGUGCGCAUCAAGGGCCACCGCAUGUUCACAGGCACCUCCUUCCUGGGGUACGAAGAGGACGUUGCCGUCGAGGACGACCCACCAGUGGCCAGACUCCGUGCGGCUGGAGCUAUUAUCCUUGGGACGACCAACAUGCACGAGGUUGGAUCGGGUGUCACGGGCUAUAACAUGCACUAUGGGACUGCGCGCAACCCGCACAAUCCGAAAUGCUACACUGGUGGUUCGUCGAGCGGUUCUGCUGCGGCAGUUGCGGCAGGUUUGGUGCCGUUAGCGCUUGGACUGGACGGAGGCGGGUCCAUUCGUAUCCCAUCCGCGCUCUGCGGUGUCGUCGGCAUUAAGCCUACGUUCCAGCGCGUUCCGCCUGCGGCAGCUGAUUGCCCGUCAGUCGCCCAUGUCGGCCCAAUUGCAGGAUCCGUUCGUGACGCCGCUAUCGGCUACGCUAUCAUGAGCGGCGGGGAUGAAGCAAGCUUCCCUCGUGGCGUGACGCAGCCGCCAGUGGACCUGCACUCGUUCGAAGAAACUGCCUCGCUCAAGGGCGUUCGCAUCGGCUACUUCAGCGACUACACGAACCACUCGUCACCGGAGAUCGCCGAGGCAGUUUCCAAGGCCCUCAAGGCCCUCGAAGCCCGUGGAGCUGAGCUUGUGGAGACGCCGCUGCACCACCUGACGGCCAUUCACACCGCGCACAGCGUCACCAUCACGUCCGAGUUCUCGCAGAACCUGGACAAGUACUACGAGCGCUAUGGUGAACUGUCCCCGGAAGUGCAGCUCAUCCUGACGUUCGGCCGCAGCUUCACGGCCAUGGACUUCCUUGCGGCUCAGCGCGUCCGCGCGUUCGCGCUGCGUCAGUUCCAGGAGAACGUGCUGAGCAAAGUGGACGCGUUCGUGACGCCGUCGACUGGCAUCACGGCACCAGAGAUUCCGCUCGAGGCAUUGGAGGUCGGCGAGCUCAACGCGCAGCAGCUCGGCGCCAUCUUUCGCUUCUGCGUGUACGGCAACCUCAUCGGCGUGCCAGGCGUGGCCGUGCCGAUCGGCCACGACUCGCGCGGGAUGCCCAUGUCCAUCCAGUUCCAGACCGGCCACUGGCAGGAGGACACGAUGCUGCGCCUCGCCCACGCCACGGAGGCUCUGUACGCUAAGGCGCAGAGGAAGCCGCAGGUCUAUUUCUCGCUCCUGGACGACGCCACCAAGCAGUCGAGCGACUGAUCUCUCUUUGAAUGUUGCAGUUCACUUCAACUUGAAUUUUCGCC